GAGAUUGGUGUAAUUGUAAGGAUUGACACAUGACAGUUCAAAAUUUAUGUUGGUAAUACAGUAAACUACUCCUUUUCUUUCUAUACAAGCUCUCUUUAGAGAGGUGUGGACAUGAAAUAAAUCUAAAAAAAUACAAAGCAUCCCAAAAGAAACGUACUUUAAACAAAAGUUUAAAAAAUGGGCCGGUACGCACGUGAGCCAGAAAAUGCUGCAAAAUCUUGUAAAGCUAAAGGUUCAAACUUAAGAGUACACUUUAAGAACACAUGUGAAACUGCAAAUGCAAUAAGGAAGAUGCCCCUCAAAAGGGCCGUAGCAUAUUUAAAGAAUGUAAUUAUUCAGAAGGAGUGUAUUCCAUUUAGAAGGUUUAAUGGUGGAGUAGGUCGUUGUGCCCAAGCAAAACAAUUUGGUACCACUCAGGGAAGAUGGCCUAAAAAGUCAGCAGAGUUUCUUUUACAACUCUUGAGAAAUGCUGAAAGCAAUGCAGAUUACAGUGGACUCGAUGUAGACAGAUUAGUAGUAGAACAUAUUCAGGUAAACAGAGCUGCUUGUUUGAGGCGUCGUACAUACAGAGCCCAUGGUAGGAUUAAUCCUUACAUGUCUUCACCUUGCCAUAUCGAAUUAUGGUUAACUGAAGGAGAAUCCUCACAAGAUGCUCCCAAAAAAGCUUCACAGAAAAAGAAAUCAACCCUUGACAAAGUGAAGAGACCAAAAGCACCUCCAGCUGUGACCCAUUAAAUGUUCUUACUGUCACCUGUUAAUAAUUAAAAUAAUGACUUUGUCGA